GAUACGGUUACAGUUUGUGAAUGAGGGAAAAAUUGAUAAUCUGAAUUUGACCAAUCUGACGACCGACUACGCCACUGAUCUGACGCGUAUGAAGGUGGGCAGGGUGGGAGCCCAGUUUUGGAGUGGAUUCGUGCCUUGCAAUGCGGAUUAUACAAAGCGUACAGAUGAUGUGCGGUAUACCUUGGAACAAAUCGAUUUGAUACAUAGGAUAGUAAACGCUUAUCCGCAGCAUCUGGAAUUCGCACGCACUUCUCACGACAUCCGCCGCAUCCACAAACACAAACGUAUCGCUUCCCUCAUCGGUCUCGAAGGUGGCCACCAGAUCGAUGGCUCCCUGGGAGCCCUGCGCUUGUUCUACGAUCUCGGAGUACGCUACAUGACGCUGACGCAUGUGUGUCACACCGCUUGGGCUGACUCAUGCACUGGCGAGCCAAUACAUAACGGGCUGACGGCUUAUGGAGAGAAAGUGAUUUUGGAGAUGAACCGGCUCGGACUGAUGGUGGAUUUGAGCCAUGUCUCGCAUGAUACCAUGCGGGAUACUUUGAGGAUUACGAAGGCGCCGAUUAUCUUUUCGCAUAGCUCGGCGUACGCCUUGUGCCGGAUUCCCCGCAACGUGCCCGAUGAAAUCCUCGAGCAGCUUCGCGAGAACGAUGGCAUUAUCAUGGUCAAUUUCUACCCCCGCUUCGUCUCCUGCGCGGCCGAAUCCACCCUCGAAGCAGUAGCAGACCACAUUUCACAUAUCGCCAAGAUCGCUGGUCCGACACAUAUCGGGCUUGGAAGCGAUUUCGAUGGUAUUGAUGUGGUCCCCAAGGGCCUCGAGGACGUAACGAAGUACCCCGCCCUGAUCGCCGAACUUCUGCGACGUGGCUUCUCCGACGAGGAAGUGAGCGGGAUUGCUGGCCUCAAUCUUCUCCGCGUGAUGGAGAAGGUGGAGCGGGUUGCUUACGAGCUCAAACACCUGCGGCCCAUCGAGGAGAAUCUCCACGUCAACAAAACGUGCUGACUCAGAUGUUGAAGCCACUUCUGGAUUGGAGAUCCGGUCAAAGCGUAGCAUAUGGAUUC